AUGUUAUUCUCUGAUUGUACGAAAAAAAUUAUUGUUCCUUGUCCGCAAACCUCAGCAUUAUCAGUUGAUAAUCAUUCAUAUACAGUUCAUCAUAGUCUUCCAGUACAGCCAACGAUGGGUAUCAAUCGAAGAAAAUAUCGAAAUAGAACACGAUUUGGCGAUGGAAUAGCAAAUGUCAUAGCUAAGACAAAUGCUAUUCGUCGAUGGUGGGAAAUUGAACCAGGUGCAACCAAUCCACCUAAUUGGCAUGGUGAAGGUGGUCGUGCGGUCGUCAUACCUGCUGACUUACAAUCAGAAGCAAAACGGCGUUUCUUAGAGAACCAAUUUAAUAUUCUUGCUUCAGACCUUGUCGCUCUAAAUCGAACAAUAAGAGAUCAACGAUCACCGAGUUGCUUAUCGCAUAAAUUUCCAGAUGAUUUACCAACUACAUCAAUAGUUAUUGUAUUUCAUAAUGAAGGCAAUUCAACAUUACUCCGUACAUUAACAAGUAUCAUACUGCGCAGUCCAAUAAAAUAUAUAAAAGAAAUUAUUUUGGUCGACGAUGCUAGUGUCAAUCGAGUAUAUUUAAAAGAUACAUUGGAAACAUUCAUAAAAAAUUUGCCAGUAUCAGUUCAUGUACUAAGAAAUAAUGAUCGACUAGGACUUAUGAAAUCUCGUCUGCGAGGUGCUGAAGUAGCAUCGGGCGAUACAUUGACUUUUCUCGAUGCACACAUCGAAUGUUCACCUGGUUGGCUGGAAUAUUUAUUGUAUGAAGUGAAAAAAGAUAGAUCGGCAGUUGUCUGUCCGAUUAUCGAUGUCAUUAGCGAUAACGAUUUUGCUUAUUUAACUGGUAGUGACAUGACCUGGGGUGGAUUUAAUUGGAGAUUGAAUUUUCGUUGGUAUCCAGUUCCACAACGAGAGGAAAUUCGACGAAAUAAUGAUCAUUCACUUCCAUUACUAUCUCCAACUAUGGCUGGUGGUUUGUUUACAAUUAAUCGGGCGUAUUUUUAUGAAAUAGGAGCUUAUGAUCCGGGUAUGGAAGUCUGGGGUGGUGAAAAUUUGGAAAUGUCGUUUCGUGUAUGGCAAUGUGGUGGCAAAGUUCUCAUCCAUCCAUGUAGUCAUGUUGGUCAUGUUUUUCGUAAACAAACGCCAUACACAUUUCCUGGUGGUACAGGAACUGUAAUCUUUCAUAACAACAAACGACUUGUAGAAGUAUGGCUUGAUAAAUACAAAGAUUUCAUUUACACAAUUAUGCCUGACUUGAAACGAGUGGAAGCCGGUGAUGUAUCUGAACGUCUUCAGUUACGAAAACAACUUCAAUGUAAAGAUUUUCAAUGGUACCUAGAAAACAUCUAUCCUGAAACGUCAAUGCCGAUACACUUCCACCACGUCGGAGCGUUAAGAAACGAAGGAUUCGGUUGUGCUGAUUCACUGGGCUAUAAUGUUGACAAUGGAGCGAAUCAAAACGCAGGCAUUUCUCCUUGUCAACAUAAAAGUACCAAUCAGAUACGUAACGAACUGAGAGGUUGCCUGACUGUUCGUAAUGGAUUCAGUAGUCAAAAGACAAAUCAUACAGCUGCACUUCACAUGCAAGGCUGUUUGGAUCGAACAGAUUCACCUUUGACAGCGAUAAAUCAGAUUUUAAUCCACUCCAAGAACGGACAACUUCGUUUUGAUGAUCUCUGCUUGGAAGCUAUUGCAAACACGGUUGUUAAACUACAGAAAUGUUCCAAUGGAAAUAAUAGACAAACCUGGAAUUACGACAACCAAACGAAGCAUAUGAAACACGUCAAAUCUAGUCAAUGUAUGACGGUUGAUGAGAAAGCUCAAUCGGGCAAAGUGUUACUUACACCAUGCCAGCAAGAAAAUAAUCCUAAACAACGAUGGCACCUCGAACGAGCAGUUUUAACUCCAUAA